AUGGAGUAUUGUGAUUCAUGCAGAGCUGUGUUGAAUGAGAGAUAUUUAUUAGAAGACUAGUUGACAAGACUCUAAAAUGAGUUGGAAAUAGUUGAGACUUAAUUGAAAUUAUUGAGGGAGGAGAAUGAAUUAUUAAAGAGUAACAUAAAAGUGCCUAAUAAAUAAAGACGUAAAAACAAUAGAACGAAGGCCGAGUUUGAAUAGUGUUAAAAAGAAAUUGAAAAAUUGCAAAUGAUAAUCUAACAUAAAGAUAUGAUUAUCCAGAGCCAAGUACGAUGUGAUAUAAUUAGUGAAAGCUCAAUUAUAGAUACCGACAUAGUGAAGAAGAAGGUGAAUCUUUGAAUAUAAAAAAUGUAUAUAUGUCAUAUACUAAUUUCAAUGUUAGAGAGUUUUAUGGAGUUUAACAUGUGGAGUUCAAUUUUCUUAUUCAAUUCAAUAGUUAUAAUGAAGUAAUGUGGUUAUUUAAAAUUAGAGUAGAGUUUCAAUUAUGAA